UUCAUUCAGUAGCUAACCACCAGAAGUGACAGUGACACACUAACUGCACUCACCAGUCAGUAAAUGCUAGCUACCAUAUCCACCUACAGUAUUUUUGUAUGGAAUUGUCUUGUAUUGGACCUUGAUGUUCUACAUUACACCUCCAAAAAUGGUGACUAAUUUAUAACUGAAGGCUCUGGGAUAUUGUUCUCUGUUGAAACAUUGAGAGAAAAGUAAAGUGAAAUCUUUGAUAUUGUCGGAAAAAUGAAGACAAGAUGAUUAAGAUUGUAAAGAGUCACUCAUAAUUUUGACAUAUUAAAGACUUGUGUAAGGUAGUGUGUGUGGUGGUUGAACAAUGGCAGGUGUAACGGAAUUAAUAACAGUAUUGAGGGAGGAUUUACCAACAACAACACUCCAACCAUCGCUAGUAAACCAGUGUGAGACAAUCCAGUAUGCAUUUGACAUUCCAAUGUCCAUUAUUUGCUGUUUGUUGCUUAUAUUUGGAAUCAUAUUUAGUUUUUUUGGUUAUCGAUGUUUCAAAGCAGUGAUGUUCUUAGUUGGUUUUAUGUUUGGAGCCGUUGUUGUAUUAAUCAUUUGUGAGGAAGAAGAUCUACUUUCAACAGGUGCAAAUGCAGGUAUCGCAGUUGGCAUUGGCCUUUUAUUUGGACUAAUUACCAUGCUAGUGCAGUAUAUUGGACUAUUCAUGACUGGAUUCCAGCUCGGUCUUCUCAUUGGAGUCUCCACUCUUAUCAUUCUGGAGCAGUUUUACCAUCCAACGACAUUCUGGUUUCCAGUAGGGAUCACGUUUGGUUGCGGGGUUGUUUGUGCGCUUCUCACGUUGCAGUGGCAGAAGUCCAUGGUUAUUCUAUCAACAUCCAUCACCGGUGGAUCGACAGUCGUCGUCUGCUUGGAUUACUUUAUGGAGAUGUUUAUAAUGGUGAAGUAUGUUUAUGAUCGAAUGCGUGCAAACGAGUCCAUCUCUGUGUGUUGGUACAGCUGGUUGAUAUUAGCCGUAUGGCCGAUUGUUGCCGUUGUCGGAAUUAUAGUUCAAAUACGAGUAACAGGAAAGGAUUAUGAUCAUAAAGAAGUGGCCAAGCCAAGGACUCGUCCAGCAACAAAACGAAUGGAGUUGUACAAAAUACGUCAACAGGAAUCGCGGAAUAUGAAGCAGCAAAGGUAUCGUUACUUACACCAAAUCCGGCGAUAUAAUGGCGAUAUUGUGACACCGAGUUACCUACAAAGUGUUCAUGAUGCCAUGUCGCCAGACCUUCCAGAAAUCAUGGGAACGUACACAAAUGUACCCCCCUCGCCACCACCUAAGGGCCUCACUGAUUUACCACCAUUACCAGAUAACUUUAGCGACACCACCACCGACGAUAACAACAGGUUUAGCGCGGGCCAGUAUUUUGAUGACCCUCGCCAAAGUGAGGGUCACUUUUCUUUUCACGAACAGAACCGCAAUAGUGCGCACUCGAAAAAAUUUGAAGACAGUCAUCGUAGUCGCCAAAGUCCACGCAGCAGCCACAGUCAACGCAACAGCUUUCUUGAAGAGUUCACAUAUGUUGAUGAAAAUCGUGAUAGCGUUGGACAAUACUCAUACGUAGACGACAGCACACUGCCAAUGCCUGUAUGACAGUCUGCGAAUAUUUAUGAAAUGUCUCUCCCAAAUGAAGAAGAACCGAUGUAUCAGAAUGACCUGAGUUAAUUUUGCAGAAUUCCACUGUUUUAGUGAAUUUCUGAGAAAUAUUAGUACCAAAGCAACUCUUAGGGAAUGCUUUGUACUGAGAUUUGCAGCAGUUCUUCCGGGAUAGACACUUCAUAAAUAUUCUUGAACGAUAAUGGUAAACAUAACCAAUGCUGUAUAUUUUGUAGAUACUCAUCGAUUUUAAUUAUGUUCAAUAACUAUUGUAUAUAUCUAAAGAUAUUGAUAACAGUGUAAUUUUUUUAAAGAAAAUUGCUGUUAAUGCGUGGUGCAAGAAAAAUGCAAAUUAAACUAGGACAAGCCUUACUAUAAAGGCAAGGAAUGGAAACAGAGGGAGUGAAUGAAAAUAACAACAGAGGAAGGGAACUGAAAUGAUAACUGAAAGAAUGAAAAUGAUAAAAGAGGAAGGGAAUGGAAAUGGCACCAGAAGAGAAUGCAAAUGAAAACAGAGGGAGGGAAAGAAAAUGGCAAUAAGGAAAUAGAUUUAUUACAAUGGUAUCAGGAGGGAAUGGAAUGACAGCGGCUGUGUAUAUAUAUAGAGAGAAAUAAGGGUUAACACUAAGCCCAGAUAGCUGUGCUGACAUUAGCAAUGAAUAACUAAAUUAGGAAAAUACAUGCGUGCAGAUUUUUAAUAAACACAUUAAAGCAUGCUUUAAGAUGUUUGACUUUUAUUCUGGUUUUUCAAUAUACUUUAUGGUGACAAUGACCAGAUACUGUACUGUUGACACUUGAAACUGGAAUAUGUGGUAGUGCAUCAGAUAUGCCAAUAAUAAGUUUAAUAAAAGUGUAGAUACAAAUUGAAUUUGGUUAAUAAAUUAAUUACUGUAUUAUUAAAUUUAAUCAGGCCUCACAGGUUAAAUAAUAAUUAGAUCAAAAUAGGAAAAAUGUUUAAUAAUUACAUGUACACUAUUUGAAAAAAUAAAUGAAUAAACUGUUAUUACUUAUGAAAAUAUUUUAAUGCCGCCUACUCAACAUGUUAUAGUGUGAUAUUCCUAGAGAGAUUUCUGAACAUAUUUGAAGGAAUACAAACAGUUACACAUGCUAACAGUAGGAUUAUUAUUGUAAUCCUUGUAUUUGAAUUUGGAGGCUCUCUACUUUCACUUGUUGCUAUCUUGUUUGUUCAGCUAAGCUAAUAAUUCUUACAAUAAUUAUGAGUGUAGCAGCCAAGUCAAGGUACUGAAUUAACAAGACCACAACAGGAAGAUUAGACUACCAUUUAACAGUUAGUACUUUUGAACUAGAUUUUUGUUGGUGGAAUAAUUCUGUAUUUUGAGGGUUAUAACAGAAUGGUUAAUUUAAUUACUGCGAUAUUUAGUCAGACAGUGGGUCAAAUGGUAGGCCAGACAGUGAGUUGAACAAUGAGUCACACUGUGCUGUAAGCUCUGCCACACUAUGUGACAGAACCCUGUGUGUGUGGACCAAGACAAAUAAUUGAGUCAGACAAGAACCCUGUGUGUGUGGACCAAGUCAAAUAAUUGAGUCAGACUAACCAUGACAAGGGACAGGCAAUGGGGUCAGACCAUGUUAUAGAACAUGUCAGGGGGCUAGAACGAUUGUCAGAUGUUAAGUAAGAACGAAUGACUGAGGCAUCUUUGUGGAAAGUUUUUAGUUUGUGCCAAACAACCUUGGCAUUUAAAAAAUGGCAUUUUUGAAUCAACAUUGUGCAUCACUUUUUGGCAGAUAUAGUGAUUUUAGUAUAGGCUUAUAAAUAUUGGCAUCAAUAAAAAAAAAUCAUAACCUUGCCCAGACUGAAUAUUUGUUGCGAGAGAGAAUGAAACUUUCUAUAAAGACCGAGGCUUGACGAAUUGUUGCAUUAAGAGUUGUUAACCAGCAAUAAUACAGAUCUAUACAUUGUCAAUGUGUAUUGAUUCCUUUGGUGUGAAAUACUUGAAUGAACAAAGAUAAUCAUAAUAAUAAUCAGGCAUUUGUGAAAUUGUAUCAAUUUUCUGCUAGGUAAAAAUGCCUAUACUAUAUUUAUGUUUUCACAUUUUGUACUAAAAUGUUUGUUUUUGCCUUGAUUUGCUUCCAUGUAGGCCUACACUAGCAAUGUAAGCACUUCAGACAGAUGUUUAGUAUAGGUUGUUUGUACUGUAUUAAAACUGGAACAGCUGAAGUUUUGGAAUUACAUUAUUAUAAGGGGUUAUUACUGUAAAUACAAUUUGAAUAGACAGAUUAAAAACAGGAUAAAUUGACUAAUUAAAAAAAAAAAUUAAUAUACUGCAUGUAUGCCAUGUCUGGUACUGGUAGGGCAAAUGAGCAUGUAUGCUAUGCCUGGUAGGGCAAAUGAGCAUGUAUGCUAUGCCUGGUAGGGCAAAUGAGCAUGUAUGCUAUGCCUGGUACUGGUAGGGCAAAUGAGGUAAGCGGUAUUGGGAACCAAGCAGUGAUGGGUGCUCAAUAUUUGCUGCCUGGAAUUUUAUGCACAGUAAUGUCUCUUAAUGUUAUAAAAAUAUGGUAGUGCAUGGGUUCAGGAAGAGAGUAAUUUUAGAAGGACCUACAGAAUGCUUCACACAUCCACUGCACUGUAAUCAAAUUACAGUACGGGAGUCAGCAAGGUUCAGUGUCAGUGACCCUAGCCCAACCCUACUCCCUCCCUUAUUUUCUGUAAGCCUGAUAUAACCUCAGUGACAUACAAGUUUGGCUUUAUAGAUUAGGAACUGUCCAAGACAGUAAUGACCCCAAAGGUCUCUCAUGUGACCCUUUGGUCAGAAUUUCCUCUGAUUAUUUUAAGUAUGGCUGUUCAAGGGACAAGUUUAUAUAGAAUUCUGCACCAGUUGUUAAUACAGGUAUAUGAUUUAUUAAUUGUAUAAUUUAAAUAAAUUUGUUUUCUCCCUUAGGCCUCUUUGGGGGGACAAGUUUAUAUAGAAUUCUGCACCAGUUUUUAAUAUUUGAUUUAUUAAUUGUAUAAUUAAAAUAAAUUUAUUGUUUAGGAUUAAUUACAGAACUAGAAAACAAAUUUAUCCUAAACAAUAAUGUGAUAAUUUAUUUAUUGGCAGUAUAUGUAUAAUAAAUUGUUUGUUGUGUUUCUUAAUACAAUACUUGAAUUUUGUUUUUGGUGUUUCACUGUUUGUCCACAUUGAGGAAGGUGUGGUCAGAUACUUUACUGAAUUUUCUUUAAAAGGUAGAAGUAGCCACUCCGCACAAAUCUGCAUGGCAAGAUAUUACCUUAAAUGUCUCUGUUAUGAAGUACAGUUGAACUUGCCUAAGUCAAAUCCAAAAUGGCAUUGACAAAUUUGACUCGGAUUAAAUUAGAAAAUAUUCAAGAUUCAAGUUAGGCAAUUUUAACUGUUCUCUGUUGUUGCUAAUUCUCAAUUAAUUUCUUUGUGGAAAACUACUUUGAAAAAGGAUUCGUAGUCUGAAAAGGCAAUUAACAAGCAUAUAGGGCUGCUUAUUCUUAUCGUCUCUGACACCACCACUAUUAUUUCAUACACCAUUGUUAUUUUUAUAUGCAAGAUCAAAGCCAGGCAUAAACUAUCAUAUUUUUGUCUGUUUGAUAUUAGACUGAUGAAGUAUUAUCAACUCCUGCAGUCUGAGAUAUAUCAGUACCUUAUCGAACCAUGAGGCUUACAGAGAAAAAUAUACUUAUGCUGGCUUUAGUGAUGUUAAGUUUAAUAACAGAGCCAAUACUUAUGAACCCAAUGCAUGUAUGGUAUUAAACAUCCCAAGGGGUGUAGGAUGAUGCUAGCAGCUUAUGUUGUUGUCUCUGCUCUUUUGAUGACCUCCCAAUAUGAGACAUGUUAAUGUUCUACAACCGUAUGUGCUGUCUAUGUUCUUAUUUUUGACCUCCUAUAUGAGACAUGUUAAUAUACUAUUAUAGAUGCAUUAUGUUCUUGUUACCUUUGAGAUGUGUUACUUAAUGCAAUAAACUAUUUUUGAAAGGCCAUAA